CUGGAAGGGAGAGAGAGAGCUAAUCCCUUCAUUCCUCUAUUCAUUUCUCUCUUUAUCAGUCUAUAUCUCUUGUUUUGUUCACUUUUCCACCUGCUAAGACCCCAUGAAAAAUAAAUAAAACAAAUAAAAUUAACUUCUUGUUCCACUCUCUCUUUGGCUACUUUUCUGCUUCUCCUUUCUGGGGUUUAUUAGGAAUCUUUUUGUUACUUCUAAUUUUACAAAGAAGAAAGAACAAAAGUUGAAAGAAGUUCUCUGGGUUGCUCUGUAUUUUCCUGUUGUCUUCUAGCUUGGUUAGUCUCCCUCCUUGGAUUAACAAAUGAAAACCCGAAAUUGUAUUCAUUGAGAUAGAAAUUCUUGAAGGUGUAUGAUUAAGUGUCGGUGAUAUUCUAUUUCAAUUGUUCUCUCUGGUAAAGAUACAUCUGGAGAAAGAGAACUUUUGAAGUGCAUGAUCAAGACUCUGACCAUAAUUAUUUGAUCAAGGCUACUCUGUGAAUGGAGAAUGUGAAAGCCAAAGAUGCCCAGAGGCUGCCUUAUUCGUACGGCGUAAAGGUGCAUCGUACUAUGUGCUUUGAGCUCUCGAAAUAUGUUGAUAGAAUCUCAAAAAUAUUUCCAGCCAUAGAAUCAGCUCAGCCACGAUGUGCAUCAGGAAUAGAAGCUCUAUGCUCUCUAAACGUUGCUAUGGAAAAAGCCAGUUUAAUUAUCCAGCAUUGUGCCGAAUGUAGCAAGCUUUACUUGGCAAUCACGGGAAAUACAGUAUUUUUGAGAUGUGAAAGAGUACGAAAAGCGUUAGAGCAAAGUUUAUGCAACAUUCAGAAUAUGGUUCCAAUGCUUCUGGCUGCAAAGAUCUCUAGAAUUGUUGUUGACCUGAGGGAUGCAAAAUUUGUCAUGGAAUCUUCUGAUGAAGUGGCUGGUAAGGUUGUAUUAUCAUUGAUCCGCCAAGAAUCAAAUUCAAGCGAGGCUUCUGAGUUGGAGGCUUUUCAAACUGCAGCCUUAAAAUUGCAUCUUACAUCUCCAAAGGCUCUUUUGAUAGAGAAAAGAUCUAUUAGAAAGUUGCUUGAUAAAGUCCGUAAUAUUGAUCAAACAAAGGAGAGAAUUCUCGAGUACCUCCUAUACCUUUUGAGGAAGUAUGGGAGCUUAAUUAAGGUUGAGCAGACAGGGAGUGACAAUGCUCAGUAUGAAGAUUCAUGUUCAAGAACGAACUCUAUUCCUUUGUUAAGUGAUAGUGUAUGUGAUGGGUCAGUUGAACCGGGAUUGGGAGAACAGCUCAGGCAGAAUGAAGAUCAAACUGAUGGUGCUAAUGAAGUCACUCCUCCUGAGGAAUUCAGGUGUCCCAUUUCUGGGAGACUCAUGUAUGAUCCUGUGGUCAUAGCUUCUGGGCAAACAUUUGAAAGGAUGUGGAUAGAGAAGUGGUUCAGUGAGGGUCACGAUCUGUGCCCAAAGACUGAAAAGCAGCUUCCCCACUUUUCUAUAGUUUCAAAUUCUGCCAUGAAGGAUCUUAUUUCGAAGUGGUGCAUAAAACAUGAGAUCAGUAUUCAAAAUCCAUGCUCAGACCCAAUUCCCGCAGCACUACUCUCCUGGAAUUCGUCAUCUUCCUGUUCCAUCACUAGCUUAGGUGGUUCUUUUAGUGAUGUGCAAAUGCCUACUCCAACUGAUUUAAGCUGCGUCUCCAUUGGCUCUUCAGAUGUUAGUUGGGUAUCAGAUUUGCCCCGGUCUAAGAUUGUAGAUAGUGUAAGUUCGGGUUCAGUACAGACGAAUGAUGAUUCUCAUACAUAUCAAUCAUCUGCAGCAAUUAGCAAUGCCAUGCAUUCAGACAGUCUCUUUGAAAAAUUCACGGCACUCCCUUGGGAACUACUUUGCAAAGCAAUGGGAGAUAUAAAAAACCAACUGUUGGAAAACAAUGAAGCAUGCCACUCGAUGCUGAAUGAUAAUUUUGGUGAGUUGCUAAUUCAAUUUUUGAAAGAGGCAUGUGAACUGUGUGAUGUGGAAGCACAGCGAGACGGGGCUCAGGUGUUCUUGGCAUUCAUGAGAAAAAGCGGAACUGGAAUUCCAUCCUUAUCUGAAGAUCUGUUUCAUGUUUUGGCAUCAGUUGUUGAUUCCGAAAUCGCUGAGGAAGCGCUGGCAAUCAUGGAAGUUUUGUCUGCUGACGAGUAUUGUAAUUCCAAAAUUGUGGCCUCUGGAGCUCUUCCUACCAUCCUACAGAUUCUUGACUCAGAUAUGGCAGAAUAUUAUGCUCCUACUGUGAGAAUUCUUCAUAAUCUAUCAUUGUAUGGAGACAUCAGGUUCCACAUACUGCAGACAGCACGCCUAUCGAAGGUUAUUUCAUUUUUGUCUGAUAGUUCACUGGCAGAGCAUUGUCUGAAAAUUUUGAACUAUUUAUGCGAGACUGAAGAGGGUAGGAUUGCGGUGGCCGGAGCCAAGGGUUGUAUCACUUCGGUAGCAGAACUACUUGAAAUUGGCACUCAUGAGCAACAAGAACAAGCAUUGUCUGUUCUUCUGUCCUUGUGCUCUCACCAUUUUAAGAAUUCUCAAUUGGUGCUGAAAGAAGGUGUUAUACCAUCACUUGUAAACAUAUCUAUCAAUGGAAAUCCCCACGGGAAGGAGACUGCUAUGAAAUUACUACAACUUUUCAGAGACAUCUUACAUAAUGAUACAAUGGAAAAAACAACGCCCCUUUCUACUGGAGGGCAACCUGAAUAUCAAGCAGGUUCGAGCACUUGUUCUGCAGAAAAGCGGUCAUCUUCAAAGACUCCUGGAUAUUUUGGAAGGAAAAUCAUGAGAUUCAGGAAGCCUAAAUCUGUAGCCCUUGAUUGAGACGGCAAGAACUCGAAUUACUUGCAUUUUUGCAGCUGGCAGGUAUUCUAUGUGUAUAUGUACCUAGUCUGAUCACUGAUACAUUGAGAGUACCAGUCUCAUGUUAGACUAAUGUAGUUUGUAUUUUCCUCAUUAUGUUGGGCAGUUUUACUGCUCCCGCCAUAUUGAUGAUAGAUUUGCUGAAAUAUUCAUGAUUUUUUAACUAGUUUCCUGGCUUUGUUAGAAAUGAGACUCUGGCUUAUUUGGUUGGUUGUAUAGUGCAAUGCAUUAAGCUUCUCCUGCUCCUGAGUUCGGACC